CGCAAUGGCUGCGUUCGCUCGGUUCGCUAUUUAUGUCGAGUAAUUCGUUUGUGAUUAUUACAGUGUACGCAAUGACGUGUAAUGUGAAAGGGUGUGGGAACUAUCUGGCAAAGACCAGAAAGAUCGAAGGAAAUAAAAUAAAAUAUUUUUCCUUCCCAAAGGAUGCAGCACUGUGUAAUAAGUGGCGUCAAGCAUGCGGAAAAGAAAAUAUUUCACCAAAAUAUGCUAGGAUAUGUUCGAAGCAUUUUGCUGAUGAAGCUUUUACGAAGCCCUUACAAGAACAUCUACUAGGUUAUUCACCUACACGAACUAGGAAGAUACAUCCUGAUGCUAUCCCGACGUUGCAUCUCCAUGCAGUACCUCCACUAACAUCAAACGAAAAUGUGUUAGCUGAAACAAUGCCUUUGCCUGUAUCAAAUGAAGUUUCGAUGGAUGUUGAACAGACACCAGCAUCGUCCAGUAUAGAAGAACAGACACCAGCAUCGUCCAGUACAGAAGAACACACAGCAGCAUCGUCCAGUACAGAAGAACAGACACCAGCAUCGUCCAGUACAGAAAAACAGAUAAUAUUAGCGAGGCUAUCGAAGAAGAGGGUUUAAAAUAUAUAGCCGGAUACUUAGCAUUUAGAUUUAAAAGCACAGAUAAAAUAUUAGGUAUUGAAACGCGCCAAUUGGAAACAACGGGUGACCAAGAUUGGCUGCAAGUUAUUUCGCGAGGAAAAUGUAUGUAUCCGAGUGACAAAUUAUUACAAUGUGCUCGUAUAAUGAAUAUUGAGUUUGCUAAAUAUCACGGAUCCAGUUUGAAUAAAGAAAAUCUUAUAUUUCAAAACUUAGCAAAAAUAAUAGAACCACAAUUGAAAAUUAAAAUCCUGAGAGAGGCAUUAUGCCUCAUUAGGACUAGGACAUAUAUUAGGCUGCGCGAAAUGAACCGAGCGAUUGCAAUCGCAAAUCACAGGCAAAAAAAAA